AUGUUUAUGCAAGUACGGGAAAGAAGAGUGUACGGUGAAAGAAGAGUAUUGACUAAGUGCAAGGAGCUGAUGCGGUUUGAAAGUGAGAAUAUAGACUUUUUAGCAGAACAAUUUCUACCGCCUAGUGACGAAACUCGGGGGAAAGCACUCACUCCAAGACAACGAUUGGAGAUUUUUCUUCGUUAUACAGCUGAUCCGGGGUUUCAAAGUGGUGUAGCAGAAGAUAUUGGAGUGGACCGUUCGACAGUUUGUGCAUUAGAUUGCACGCAUAUCGAAAUAAAAAAACCAUCAAUGUUCGGUGAUGAGUAUAUAAACCGGAAGGGUUACCCCAGCAUCAACGUGCAAGCAACAUGUGACAGUCAAGAAAGGUUCACUAGCGUUGCUGCAGAGUGGCCAGGAUCAGUGCACGAUUCUAGAAUAUGGAGAAGGAGUCCUGUUCGGGAUAUUAUUUCUCGUUAUGACGGUGCUGCGUGUUUACUUGGUGACUCUGGCUAUGGUAUUUCUCCUUGGUUAAUCACCCCGUUCAAACCUCCUCAAACCGAUAUUCAGCGUCGAUUUAAUCGUGUUCAUGCAAAGGAAAGGGUGGUGAUAGAAAGGGUGUUCGGACAGUUAAAGAAGAGAUUCCCGAUACUUGGCAACUGUGUUAGAUUGUCUCUAGACAGAGUACCAAAAGUAAUUGUCACCUGUACUGUGCUGCACAAUGUAGCUAAACACCUUAGAGAUCCUUUAAAUUUUGAAGACGACGCGAAUGAAGAUGGGUGUAACGAGGAUGAAGGAGGCGAAGAAGUGUUCGAAAACCAAGCAACAAAACAACGUGGCGAACAGAAGCGGAAUGAAAUGCUGGGUUUUAUUUAA